GAUAUUUCUCAAUAAUUUGACGUAGUUUUAAGGUUUAGGACUGAUGAUGUGGGCACCUGGGCAGGUGGAAGGCAGCCAUAGGCUGCAAAAUCGAAUGAGCUGGGAAUACCCAACACUUUUUUGCCACUUGGAAGGGCGGCAUUGAUUCCAAGCUAACCUUCUGCUUGUUCGUUGGUUGUCCAAAAUACUGGAAGACACCGCACCACCAAGCCUCGUGAGCUGCUUCUCAUUUUCUUCGCUGUCUCCGCUUCUCUCUCUGACGCUCGUCCAACUUCCCAAACUCCCUUAACUUUAUCAUUCUCCCGAAAAUUAGGGUUUCGGCGUCACUUCUAUUUCCCACUGUCUCUCUAAUUAGCUUCUUCUUCCUCUCCAAAUUUUAUUCUUGAAGCCUCAAGCUCACUGAACAACUGGGGUUUGUUCAAUAAUCGUUUUUGAAAUUUUGAGUGCCUGUGUAUAAAUUUGCACAUGGCUCUUCAUUCCGGUGUUUUCUGCUUCAGUGGUAUUACUUUGAAUUCUCGCAGAUCGGAGAAUCGGGUUUCCGGUUUGAAUCUGUUGAGUCGAGGGAGGAUUAGAGACUCGCCGUUUUCAGCUCCGUCAUUCUCCGUAUCAGUGCGGCGGUGGAGACUGCAGGGAAAAGCAUUUCCAGAUAAUAGAUCACCUGAAAAAACACAGGAAUCACCACUUGUGGUUUGCUUUGGGGAGAUGUUAAUUGAUUUUGUCCCAAUUACAAGUGGGCUGUCUUUAGCUGAAUCACCUGCAUUUAAAAAAGCCCCAGGAGGUGCUCCUGCUAAUGUUGCUGUUGGCAUAGCUCGUCUUGGUGGAUCAUCAGCAUUCAUUGGCAAGGUUGGUGAAGAUGAAUUUGGAUACAUGCUUGCUUCUAUUCUAAAAGAGAACCAUGUAAACUACAAAGGAAUGCGUUUUGAUCCUGGUGCCCGUACCGCUUUAGCAUUUGUUACUCUAAGAAAGGACGGGGAACGUGAAUUCAUGUUUUAUCGUAAUCCUAGUGCUGAUAUGUUGCUUCAAGAAGAUGAGCUUGAUUUUGAUUUAAUCAAAAAGGCAAACAUUUUUCAUUAUGGCUCUAUAAGUUUGAUUACGGAACCUUGCAAGUCAGCCCACAUUGCUGCAGCAAAGGUGGCAAAGGAUGCCGGUGUAAUUCUGUCCUUUGAUCCCAAUCUGAGGCUUCCAUUGUGGCCGUCCGCAGAGAGUGCCAGAGAGGGAAUAAUGAGCAUAUGGGAGCUUGCUGAUAUUAUUAAGGUAAGUGAAGAAGAGAUUAUUUUUCUGACAAAUGGAGAAGAUCCAUAUGACGACGCUGUAGUUCGCACAUUGUACCAUCCGAAUCUCAAAUUGCUCCUUGUCACUGAGGGUCCAGAUGGUUGCAGAUAUUACACCAAGGAGUUCAGUGGGAGAGUUGAAGGUUUAAAAGUAGAUGCUGUGGACACCACAGGGGCUGGGGAUGCUUUUGUUGCCGGAAUUCUAUCCCAACUAGCUGCUGACCUCUCCUUGCUUCAGAACGAGGGUCGACUGAAGGAUGCUCUAAAGUUUGCUAAUGCUUGUGGUGCAUUGACAGUAACGGAGAGGGGUGCAAUUCCAGCUUUGCCGUCUAGAGAAGCAGUGUUGAAAGCCUUGGUUAAGUCAGUCGUGUAGGUUUUAGUCGAAUCCUUUGUAACUGUAUAACUGCUAUGUACUACUCCUGUUUGUCCCUCGUGUGAGAUCUUGAGAGACCUUUGCAUUGCCAGGGAAGGAAUGUACAUACUGUUUCAUGUGUAUCAACUGGGGAAAAGUGGAGAGAAGAGAAGUCAAAUCGUAACUUUGGAAAAGACAUUUAUAUCCCUCAAUAAAAUAAAAAAUUUUUAGAA